AUGGGUGGAUUAUGACCAACAACUAAGAAUACACAUGUGUCUCGGGAUCGUCCUCCUGAUAAUGUAGGAAUAGAAUUACCCUUUCCAGCUCCAAACAUUGAAGAGUACAAAAUGGCACCACAAGAUACUGAGGCUAUAAAUACCCAUCUGAGUUAUCCUAAGAAUGUUUGAGAAAGCGUCCAUAAGCAGCCUGAUGCCUUAACUGCGUACAAGAAGUUACCAGAAGACAUGUACGAUCAUUACUACUCUAGCAAUUUUCCAGAUGCUCCAUCAAAGCUAGAGCAGUACCUCAAAGAUGUGUAUUUCACUCUAAAUCUGUGUAGAGAAGACCCAGAAUUCUUCUUAAAGAACUUCCUGAUCCCAAUACGUAAGAGGUACACCAAGGAUGGGCUUUACAAGGACUUUUUAGGCAACCUGAGGCCUACUGACUGAGGAAUUUCAGAAACUGAUCAAAUAUUUGCUGAAAUAUCUUCCCAAAAAGUUGAGAAAACCGGGUGCCUUGCCUGGAACGCAUCUUUAUACGAUCUGUGAAAUACCCUAAUAGACACCUUUGAAGUAGAGGACGGCUGAAAUAUCAAAUCUGGAGGUAUCACAGACUGUAACCUCGAGGAUUUUGAUAUUCCAUCCUCUUGCACACUCCAAGAGUAUGUUGAGGUUGGGUCGCAGACUGGAUUCGAAGCUCUCACUCGCAUGACCUUCAAUAGUGACAAGAAGAAUGGCUCUAUUCGUUCAAAAUCUUUCAAAAAUAAGGCUCUGACUCUCAUCGGAAUAAGUUACAGAGAAAAAGUUGGAAAAUAUGAGCAUUUGACUUAUGUCAUACUUGGAGAUGACACUGUUGAUGAUCCUUAAACAUCAGCACAUCUUGUAUCUAAUAGGGUGAAGGGCUGAUAUCAAGGAGAUAUACAGGCUUUGAGGCUUUGAAAACCUUACCUACUUGUUCUAGACUCAACAGAAUUGGCUCACUGUUAGAGAGAUACUGUAAUAGACAUUUUAUUAAUCUUUGAACUC